AUGAGAAACGAAGAAGAUUCUCAUAAGACUCAAGAAAAACAAAAACCGAAGUUUCCCAAGAUGAAUAUUGGACUUGGUGAACUUUUAAAGAAGAUUAAAGAUUCGCUACCCAUACCAAAACCAUUAUCAGUGGAAACAAGGGAUAAGAGAGAAAAGAAUAAAUAUUAUGCUUAUCACCAAGAUCAUGGGCACGAUACGGAUCAUUGUCAUACGCUCGCAGCAGAAGUCCAAAGGAUGAUUGAAGGAGGGAAGCUGCAGCAAUACGUCAAGAAGAAUCCAUCACAGGUAAACACACGGGUCAUCACGCUUGAUCUACGAGAGAUCAGAGUAAGCCACGCCAGAGUCAAUACAUCAUCAAGAAAGGCUCAGGAAAAUGCUACACGAUUAAAGUUGCGUCAUAUUAAUGGUUGGCGAAUUUCAAACAAGGUCGACUAUGCCAAUCUGAUUGGUACGGAGACUUUAGAAGAGGGGAAGACUGAGUUAUCUUUUUCAAAUGCUGACCUUGCCGGUGUAUAUCAACUCCAUAAUGAUGCAAUCGUAAUUUUAGCUCUUAUUGGAAUGUACAAGGUACGUCGAGUUCUCGUUGAUACUGGAAAUUCAAUUAACGUCAUAUUCUCGGGGGCAUAUUCUUCCAUGAGUAUGAAUGAGAUCCAAGUCGAAGCAUAUGAUAAACCUAUUGUCGGAUUUAGUGGUGAAACAAUGACAACAAUGGGAAGAAUCAAUCUUCCUAUGAUGGUGGGAGGAAGAACAGUUAUGCAAUAUUUCUCGUUGCUAGAUUGUCGUGCACCCUACAAUACUAUCUUAGGACGCGAUUGGAUUCAUGCAAUGGGGGCGGUAACGUCCACUAUUCACCGGUGUUUGAAGUUCGUUACUCCAGCAGGAGUGAUGAAAGUCAGAAGCGACCAGGUGGCAUCUCAUAAGUGUCAUGAAAGCGCAAUGGAGGAGUAUAGAAAGUCCGAACUAAAGGGCUCGGAAAUACUCCAGUUUGAAAAGAAAUUAUAG